ACCAACCAAAGAUUCAAAGCAGAGGUAGGUAGCAGAUAAGCCACCUCAAACAGAACACAGCAUAGCAUAACAUAGCUUCCACUCUCUCACACAUUCAACCAAACACCUUGAGGUUAUCGUCAUUCUUCCAAAAUCACCAAAUGGAAACAGAGAAAGAAGAACAGAAACAGAAGACAACAGUCUCCACAGAACCGCCAUUUGCAGUGGCAUCACUAUCCCUUUCUCUUCCAACCGUUUUUCCCUUUCGACAACCCAAGAUCUCAUCAACCCCUCAAACCAACAAGGUAAAGCUUCCAACCCAAGCUUCAUCCCUAACCCACCUUUCUCUCUCAACCGCUUCCCCGACUCCUUCCAACACCUCCUUCAAAUCCUCCCUCUCCGCCACCCCCAUCCACGCCCCUCUAUCCCUCGGCCCCAACCGCCCCCGCGACCCCUCCAACUCCGCUGCGCUUCGCCGUGCCACUGUGGUCUGGUUCCGCAACGACCUCCGCGUCCUCGAUAACGAGUGUCUCGCCUCCGCCAACAAUGAAUCUCUCUCUGUCCUCCCCGUCUACUGCUUCGACCCUGCCGACUACGGCAAGUCCGCCUCCGGCUUCGACAAGACCGGCCCCUACCGCGCCACCUUCCUCAUCGAGUCCGUCGCCGACCUGCGGCGGAAUCUCCAGUCUCGCGGCUCCGAUCUGGUGGUGCGCGUUGGCAAGCCCGAGACCGUUCUGGUAGAGCUGGCGAAGGCCGUCGGGGCCGACGCGGUGUACGCGCACCGGGAGGUUUCUCACGAUGAGGCGAAGACGGAGGAGAAGGUGGAGGCAGCGAUGAAAGAGGAGAAUGUAGAAGUAAAGUACUUCUGGGGAAGCACGUUGUAUCAUGUGGAGGAUUUGCCUUUUAAGCUCGAGGAUAUGCCUUCCAAUUACGGAGGGUUUAAGGAUAGGGUUCAGAAAUUGGAGAUUAGGAAGACAAUUGAGGCUUUGGAUCAGCUUAAGGGAAUGCCUUCUCGAGGAGAUGUUGAGAUUGGUGAUAUUCCUUCCUUGAUGGACCUUGGUCUUAAUCCAUCUUCCACAAUGCCACAGGAUGGGAAGACUGGUGCUAAUGCUUCUAUGGUAGGAGGGGAGACUGAGGCACUGCAGAGGCUGAAAAAAUUUGCGGCUGAGUGUGAAGCUCAGCCACACAAGGGGUAUAAGGAUGGAACACACAGUAUAUAUGGUGCCAACUUUUCCUGCAAGAUUUCUCCGUGGUUGGCAAUGGGAUGUCUCUCCCCUCGCGUAAUGUAUGAAGAACUGAAGAAGACUGCCAGCAGAUCCAUUUCUGCAUCAUCCAAAAAUGGUGGUAAUGGCUCGUCCAAAACUGGAACAAAUUGGUUGAUGUUUGAGUUGCUAUGGAGGGACUUCUUCAGGUUUAUAACAAAAAAAUACAGUUCUGCAAAGAAACAGGUGGAAGCUGCUCCAGCUACUGCAUGUGCUGGUGCUUUUGCUUAAACUAGGAGUUCUAAAGGACAUGUGAAAGUUUGUUUCAGGAUAUGUGUUGCUUCCCUACGCAGACGUGACAGUAGGGGGCUGGAUAUGCAAGAUUUGGUUGCCCCAUCUGAAGUUCUGUUGUAACUGGCAGAUACAUUAUUUCAAUAUGGAAGCUUUACAAUAUUUUGUCGAUGGCAAGUGUUAGUUUUCUUAAAGUAGCAUUUCGUCUGCAUCAGGCAUCGUUUGACUAGAUCGUUGAGUUCCAAUUCAUGUCCCUGACCUUCCCCCAGUAUCGAUAUUUUUGGAGAAAUUCGAAAUUUAAAAAUGUA